GAUUCCUCUACUUCGAACGGCGUUGCUUCACACCCUCCAAAACUCCAGGCGAUUCUCGGACCAGGUACGUACCCGCGGUACGCAUGUUGGCAUGUUUCAGCCUUGGCAUUGGAGGCAUUCAUCAAAUCUAACGGACUGCGCAUGUCUUGAACCGCCCCUCUCCCGUGUAUUAAGCACUUGCUAAUCUCUAUUACCACAUUUACAGCCCUUCCCGUAAGCCACCUCGGCGCGAUCGAGUGGCCCCACUCGAUUCCUGCUCACGCCCGCAUGCUGCACCAUGCCAAUGCCAUUGUCCUCAACAACCGCGUGGCGUACAACGGAGAUACGGUCAUGAUUUCACUCAAGGAUUUGCAGUGCCUGGUCGCUGGAGCUGCCCUGCUAGACACCAAGGCGACGAAUGUGUACACGACGUUGGUCAACAAAUUGCCGGCCCAUGCGAGGCGCCAGUACCAGCUUGAGGAAUGGUAUCAGGACACUGUUAAUGUCAGCAACGCUGCCAAGGCCUCACAGCAGGUCCAGAAGGUGGUUACGCGCAAGAAUGGGAUUGGAUCAGGACGAUUGGGGAUGCAGCCUGGCGCGGCCAUACCGCCUCCGUCAGCACCGAAGCAGCCAUAUAUCAUGAUCAAUGGGCACGUCGCUCAGCCGGUAUUCCCGGCCAUACCCUCAUCCCAAGCAAACCUCCCAUUGUGCGAGACGACCAACUUGCAGACAGCGCCAAAGCACACUCUCCUCCGAUCCCCAGGACAGAGCCCGGUCAAGAAGAAAGCGAAAGGCACUGAAGUCGGUCCCGCUUUACGUCCGCUGAGACCGAAAAUGUCAUUGAAUGAGUACAUGAUCUGGGCUAGCGUUGAACGCACCCGACUAGGGGUUGAGGAUCCGAUUCACGAUAGUAAGUCGCUUACCACUCCGUGUUUUGACUAACUGGACAGACAGGUCAGGCACAACGGCCCAUCGCAUCGCGAAGAAUUCUUGGCUCGGCAAUCACUCACAGUCCUGCGUGCAGCUGCUCCCUCUC